AUACACAGAGAGGAAAUUUGAAUACCAUAUGAGCGAGUUGGACAGCUUGGACAUCCGUGUAAGACCAUAUUUACAACAAGUUGGAUACCACAAAUGGUCAAGAUACCACUGCAAAAACAACAGGUAUUCAACUAUGACUUCAAACAUUGCUGAAUCUCUAAAUGCAGCAAACUUGGCAGCUAGAGAGCUACCAAUCACAACACUGAUGGAGUCAUUGAGAGCAUUGAUUCAACAAUGGACAUACACAAACAGGAAAAAAGCACAGAAAACAACAACAUUUUUAACACCUACAGCAGAAAAGAAAUUAGUCGACAACUUUGUGGAAUCAUUGACAGAAAAUGUAAAACCAAUAAACGAGACCAUGUUCGAAGUCAUUGAACUAACCAGAUCAUGGGUCAUCAACCUCAAGGAGAAAACAUGCAGUUGCAACAGAUUCCAACUUGAUGAGUUACCGUGUGCUCAUGCGCUUGCUGUUAUAAAAGAGAUGAACUUGAAUGUUUACAACUACUGUUCGGGUUAUUACACCACGCGAACAUGGCUUGAAACAUACAGCGGCUCAACAUAUCCGGUACACAAUCACACAACUUGGGAUGUGCCACAAAACAUAAAAGAUAUCAUUGUUCUGCCACCAAACCAAAAAAUAAGAUCUGGAAGACCAAGGAAACGAAGGUUUUUAUCUGAAUGGGAUACAAAAAAACAUAACAGGUGCGGCAAAUGUGGACAACACGGACACAAUCGAAAGACAUGCAACAAUCAAGCAAUAAAAUAGAUACAUAUGAAAUAUUUGAAUUGUUUAAUUUUGUGUGCAAAUUCAAACAGGUUGAUCUGUGAUGUUCUAAAUACAUGGGAUUACAUUUUUAUGAAAUUUGAAACAGUUUUUUAAUAGUUUCAAAAUCGUUUUGUUACAGUUGCGACCCUUUGUAAAAUAUUAAGUACCGGAAUGACUUAUUCUUUACAGUUUUAAAGGCAGUCAGUCAAUAAUUGAUAAAACAUAACUUGAAUAAGGGAAAAGAGUUAAUGGAAUACGAAGAAUAAAUAUACAUUCAUAGCACUAUUUAGGAAAAAUGAAAACAUAGUUUGUAUUUAGUUGGUUAAUAGUUUCUCCAUAGUUGUGCGACCGUAUAUAAGAACUUGAACAAUUAAAAAAACACACAACUUUGGGAAAUACAAACCUAUACAAUAAAGAUA